AUGGAUAAAGAGUUUUGGAUAUCUUUGUAUUAUUUCAACAGUUCCGUCUUAUAUUACCAUUUCCACAUUUGUUUUUUAACAGCCAUCUUCAAUAAUAUUAAAGAUGAGCACAUUCCCUCCUUACAAGCUUUGAAACGACAUAAUAGUGAGGUACAUACUGAAGAUAAACCCUACAAAUGCGAAACGUGUGGUAAAACGUUUCGGUGUAAAAAAUAUUUACGCGAUCAUAUGAGUAUUCAUAGAGGUGAAAAACCUUGUCUAUGCGAGGGUUUCGAUAAUGAACAGGAUUUGAAUAAUCAUUUAGUCACGAAGCAUUCUGACAUCGAUGGAAGAUCGCAUAAAUGUGAGACAUGUCCAGCUAGAUUUAAAAGUUUAAGCGAACUUAAACAGCAUAUAAAAAUACAUACAGGCAAGAAACCACAUGUUUGCGAGAUUUGCGGCAAAGCGUUUACUAUUAAAAGUAACCUAAGCAAACACAGCAAUAUACAUACCGGCAAAAAGCCGCAUGAAUGUUCGAUAUGUAACAAGCGCUUCACGCAAAAAAUAGGACUUAAAAGACACAUGAAAACUAAGGUUCACAUGAGUGAUAUCGUAGUAAAGAACUAA